CUGUGGAACAUUGUAAUCUAUGACCGGUGUGCUGUGAAUGUGCAAUGCAGUGUAAUUGUUUAGUGUUUUAGUCGGUAGUCAUGUGAAUUGUUUGAUCGUAUUCUUAACUUUAUACAACUUUUUUAGGUCACCUGUUUUUAAAUUAAAAUAGGUACUUGCACUGCAAUUAUUUAGAGUGAAUUCUCGGACUCGGAACCGUAUAGUGAUAGAGAUUUAUUUUGUGUAGGACAUGUAGUGGCAAAAGCAUAAGAGACGGGAAGCGUUGGUUUACGUAUUAAAGUGUGUACUAUACUGGUUCGAAUGGAUAGAGACAAUCCGUUGGUCUGCAGUGUGACACCUGGGAAAAGUGAGGAGAACCAAGUGGACUCAGAAUCAGAUAACAUUGAUGUGUUUUAUGAGUUUCCACACUUGAACAAUUCGUUUGAAGACUUGGAAGAAGAAUUGGGAAAGAAGGGGCUGCUGUCUCAUGUUGUCGAGCCUAGUGACGGAGCACUUGAAGUUAUGGGAAUUGAAAACACAUGGACUGAGGAGAAUACUUUUGCCACCCCUCCUUCAGGAGAUUUUCCCAUUCCUUUGCCACCUCCAGGAGGAUUUGAUGAUAUAGCAUGCUUGGACACAAAUGCUCCAGCACCAGAACAAGGCCCAUUCCCUGACCCUGACUUGGGCACCCUCUUCUCAAGCGAAUCUGAGGCUCAGGAGGAUGUAAGAGAUUCAGCAGCGUGCCCUGGGGUGUCUGGCUUGAGGAACUUGGGCAACACAUGUUUCAUGGCAUCAGGUUUGCAGUGCCUGGCUGCCACUCCACCUCUCAUGCAGUCCUUCCUGUCACGAACGUCCGCCGAGAAGGAAAAUGUGCACUCUCUGAAUGAUCAGUUUACUUUACUGAUACAAAAGAUGUGGAGUGGGAAUUACUGUGUGCUGCAACCUAUUGAAUUGAAGCAGGCGCUGGGGUUCAACUAUCCACAGUUUAAGGACUUUCGACAGCAUGAUUGUCAGGAGUUCCUUGCUCUGCUUUUGGACAAUCUCCAUGAACAACUAAAUACAGCUAGCUGCAAGAGCAUCUUGUCUGAUGUUUCCACCGCUCCACCCACCCCACAUAGUCAGUGUGAGACUCUGGAUGAGCGAGAGCCAGUGAGGAAACUAAUUGAUGGGAUGGACCAAGAAUCAUCUACUCAAACUGGAAUUUCAAUUGAUGGAUUACGCUGCAACCAUUCAUCUUCAUCUCACAGCUCUGAGAGUUCUGGAGAUGGUCGCAGUCUAUUUCGUCUCAGACCUAUCCCAGAGGAUAUUAUACCUUUCAAAGACGUGAAUGCCACUGAUGAGAAACACGAAGGAAUAGUUAGACAAGCACUUAGUAUCUGUAAUCAUACAAGUCAAAAUGAAUCAGAGAAAGAGGAAAUUCAUUUUAUAUGUAAUCAGACUUUUAAUAGUGAAAGUAACAGCAAUAAUUUUGUUGCUCAGAAGCUUCGAAGAAAAGAAUGCCAGAUGUCUGCUGUUCAACCUGUGCUGGAGAAGAAUGAAGUGGCACACCAACUGAACAAUGUAUCACCAUGUUUCAGGGGUUUGGAAGACAUUCUAAAGGAUGCUAAGACCUCAAAUGUGAAUGUCUUAGUCACAGAACUUGAGGCCAACAAUGAGAUCAGAUUUGACUCGGAGAAGUUUCCAAAGUAUGAAAAUGUAAGACGCCGAGAUCCUCUGGAGAUGCCUAAUCUGACAGAGUUUCAUAAUUUUGAUGGUAAGACAGUGAGUGUUAAGCGAAUCAAAGAGACAAAUCUUUUACACGAAACAUUGGACUCUCCACCAGAAUGCAGUGAAGAACUGGUUCUGGAAUCAAGCAAAUGUUUCAAUAACAUCAAACGUAUGAAGCUCGAAGAGCGUGAGAAGAACUUCCGUAUGGAGUGUGAACGUAAGCUGAGGAGUCUAGACCCCUCUGUAGUGGUUGAGACUAACUCAGCAGAUGAAUUGCUUGGUGCUGGGGCUUCUUCCUGCCACACACAUCUUCCCAUUAACUUCAAUGAUGAGAUAGAAGCUGACAAGCAUUGGGAGAAACAUCUCAGUGUCAACCAAAGUGUCAUUGUUGACACAUUCCAGGGACAAUUUAAAAGCACGGUUGUGUGCUCAUCAUGCAAACAUGUUUCGGUUACAUAUGAACCAUUCAUGUAUUUGUCUGUCCCUCUACCUCACGCCAUGGAAAGGCAAAUAUGUGUAACAUUUGUACCUGCAAGUUCAAAGAAGCCUGUACGGUAUCUUGUGACUCUGAAUAAACAGGAUAAAGUUAUGAAAUUAAAGGAACAACUAAUCAAGUCUAUAGGUCAAGAGGCACCAAAGAAUAUUGCUUUGGCAGAAGUGUUGGAUAGCCACAUUGCAAGAAUAUUGGAUGAAAACUCCCUUCUGCGUUACGUUAAUGAUACUAAUCGUAGCAUUUAUGCUUUUGAGCUGCUUCCACCUCCAGUUGCUCUUGAUUUGGAAAAGAAGCCUGAAGAAAAGUCACAGCCACAGUGGGCAGGAAGUGGUGAUAACCUGGAUAGCAACAAGAGGUCUGGAGAGCCUGUGGACUUGGCGCCAGUGUCUGAAGGUGGGAACAUGAUGGAUGUUCCAAGCAGUGAUGGGUCAGGAGAUGCCAGUGGUACUGCUGCAGAACAAGGAGAUGCUGCUGACUCAGUUGCGUUCAUUGGUGUCGGGCCCCUUACUGAGAGCGAAUACGAGAGACUGGCCGGUAAUUUGGUGAAUGGUCCUGGUGAGAAGGGGGAUGGCUGGAGGAGUUGUGCCAUCUGUUUGGAGGAGAUGGACACAGAUCUUCGACGCCACGCAUCCUGCAGCUGUGUCCUGUGCGAAUCGUGUAUUGAUACAUCCUGCAGGCACUAUGGGGGUGACAGGCUUGUGUGUCCAGUCUGUGGGGUGAUGGUCAAGCCAGAAACUGAGUUCAUCCCACUUGAGAAGUUGGGUGAUUACAAGCCAACUGUCAGGUUGUUAAAUGUCCCUGUAGUGUUCCGACUGGACAGUGAAGGCGAUGGAAACAACAACAAGAAGGUGAUGAAAUUGUUUGGACAUCCAAACCUGGUUCGUCUGCCAAACCGAAUACAAGGGCAAAAUCUUUAUGCAGCUGUGGAUCGUCUAGUCCCCUAUGUGGUGCCGUACUCCAUUCUUCUGGUCGAUGGGCAGGGCUAUCACUGUUCACGCUGCAUGUACACAGUGCAUUGCCGUGGUUGCCACGUCGCACCAGAAGGAGAGCUUCUGCUACAGACUGGGGACACGCUGGCAGUGCGGUUCUCCGAACCGGUCGACCACAUGGACCUGGCGAUCGAACACCCCAGCAUGAAGCUCAUGCGUCGCCAGGAUCCCCUGUCACUGUAUGACUGCCUUCAGGCUUUUAGUGAAAGUGAGCAACUGGAUGAACACAACCCUUGGUACUGCCCAAUGUGUCAAAAGAAUCAGUGUGCCACCAAGACCCUCUCAGUUUGGAGGUAUCCAGACUUCCUUAUCGUCUACCUUAAGAGAUUCAUUUUCCAUGAGUGUGUGAGUGUUAAACUGGAUAACAAAGUGACCUUUCCACUGAUGGGUCUGAGUGUGACACCCCCUUCUCUUCUGCAGCAUGGGACGCCGCAUCCAUAUAAUUUGUAUGCGUGUGUUUGCCAUUAUGGAGGUUCCUCAGCAGGUCACUACACCUCAUAUGCAAAGAACCCACACACAUCUGAGUGGCAUUAUUUCAAUGAUGAUGUAGUCGCAAAACAGAAACCCCAGGAGGAAGAUUACAGCAAUGCCUACAUAUUGUUCUAUCAGAAGCAGGGAGUGUCAUUUGAUCUGAGCAUACCCAAGCCGUUUAUGGGUGAAGGAAGCCCGAAACCAAACAUAGAACAGCUUAUUCUGGAUCUGGACUCUUCUGUUGAGCAAGACUGGCAGGAAGAAAACAUGGCUCAAGGUUCAGUCAGCUAAAGACUGCUCACUUCAGAAUAGAAUUGUAGUUUUGAUGUAGAAACGUUGAUAUGGUCAUUGAGUCGAGAGUGCCGUGAGUGUCAGGUUGAUUGCAGUGCCUCACUCAUACUGUACCUUGUAAUGUGAGUGUUAGAGCAGCAGCCGUCAUGAGAAGACAAAAGAUUCCAUUCAUAUAGUUCAUCUUCUACGUUGCGAUUUCAAGGCUGUGCUGUUGCAUUUUUGAGAAUGCAGUGCAACCAUAUAAUAAAAAUUAUUAUACUGAUUUGUGUCCCCUUAUUUAUCUUCCUUUGUUCCUAUUAUCAUGUGGGAUGAUUGCAAAAGUGCCACCAUUGUUUAUUGUAAUUAUUUGUAUGGAACUUUACUCAUUUGAAGGUGGUGGUUUAAUGUUUAUUACAGAAAAGAAUAGAUAUUAGAAGUAUAUGCAAUGGAAUCCUUGUUAAUUGUUAUUGCUGUAAAGUGUUAUGUUAUCCAGAGUUCAGUAUCUUUUGUUCCAUUACCUUAGUUUCCUGUUAAAAUCCAUUGUCCCCUAGAAGAAAUUACUGUACUGCCUUCCAACACUUACUUUCACCAGACAUAAGGACUGGACAGUAAUAGUAAAUUGAAAAAAAGAAACAUAAAUGACAUCUUGUGGGCAGUUGUAUCAACAGAAUAAAAUGUGCCCUACGAAACGUCUGCAAACUAUUUAUUACACCAAACACAGUGACUGGACAUCAAUAGUUUUAACAUGUGUGACAAUGUGAGUAAUUUCCUCUGCAGAACCCAGAUGUGUGCUAGCAGAUCUCCUCAUUACCAAUUAUUCAUUUCACCAGAUACAAUAAUUGGACUAAUAAUGUAUUCAGUGUCUUGGAUAAAUUCAUAUACAGAACCAAAACAUCCCCUGAAAGACCCACAAUAUCAAAUUAUUUUUUUCACAUCUUUUCCAUACAUUUACUCAUGUAUUGUUUUGAAUAGAAUAACGAUAAGUUGUUCUUGGCCUGUCUCUGACAUGAUUUGGUUGGUUAUAAUAACUCACACACAUGGCCUUGAGUGUUUCUGUGCAUGCUUCUUGCAUAGUCUGCUGACAGUGGUUGUUGGUAAUACAUUAGCAUUUGAUUCAUUUCUGUAUGAUUGACACAUUACUGCUGCUGCUCUUUGUGUGGGGAGUACUAAACCUGUGGAAAGCUUUAAUUAUUAUUUAUAUGGUUUGUGUCCAGUGUUUUGACAUUUUUACUGUGAUGCGACUUUCAUUGCCAACACGUGGCACUGUCUUUUUGUACUGUAUCCAGCCCAUGGCAGUACAGCCUUUGUCUUUGGAUCCAAGACUGGUGUAAUGUAGUGCUAGGUCUGUCCACUUAUCGUUGUUACAGUUUAAUGAAAUUUAAUGUGAGAGGCUACUAACAAAAACUUAACAGUCAUGUAUGAAUUUACAUUAUAUUGAAUUUUAUUUGAAGGGCUGAAUGAAUUGUUAAGAUUAUUUAGUUAAGUAUCUUGUAAAAAUGUGCAUACAGGUUAAUAUUGUCUUUUUAUGCUAAAACUGAUUGGGUAAAUUUAAUUUUGAUGCACACUGGAUGAUUUGAUUUGCAUGUUUCAUUGUUGAAAUUUAAUUUUAAAGCUUGUGAUGAUGAGGUUACUUUGCAGUACUGGAGAUACUUUGUUAUGAAUGUUCUUCACUAAAAACAUAGGCAAGAGGGAGUUGGUGUUGUUCCUAGAGAGAAUCUUCUUCUGUUCUCUCAGGGUGUGAAUAAGAGGUUUCCAUGACCUGCUUGAGGAGACGUAUCUUCUCUGUUCAUGUUAUUAGGAUGAAGCUCAGUAUGUCAUGCUUCCCUGAUGACCGUUUCCAUGAGUCUGGGAUACUAGUAUCAUUUAGCAGGAUACAGUGGCCUGGGUUGAUGCUAUGUUCAGCCACAGUCAACUUCUCGGGGUGAAAGAGGUAUGUGUGGAUGGCCUGUUUGUGCAAUGGAGACCACCCCAUACUCACAGGUGAUGCUCUGUAUGCUGAAAUUUUGAAGGGUGGGGCAAAUUUAACCUUUUAAGUACAGAUUGUAUAAAAGAGAUGGUUAGUGUUAAAUGCAAAUCAGCUAGCAUCAGAAUGCAGUGGAUCAAGAAGUAAAUUGUGCUUCCUGCAUUUUCUUGCUACAAGCUCCAAAUUAUUCUUUCUCAUCUCCCAUUUUUGCCUUUAUAGCGUCCAUUCCUUCCUAUCCCUUGCUAUGAAAUUCCUAUGCAUUAAACUUUUCCCCCUUACCUGUCCUAUUUCUCUAAUAGUAUCCAAGUAUCUCUUUCUAGGUCUUCCUCUUGUUCUGGUACCCUCAAUUCUAGCUACAAGCUCCAAAUAAAUACCAGAAUGUUGAGAAUGAAUUGGUUAGCCUGUGUACAUUUUUGAAGAAAUUGCCUUUGCGUAAGUAACUUAAUAUGUCAUAUUCAUAUGCAGUAAUUUGAUCUGUAUUUUUUUUAUUUCUUGGAAAUGUCUCUAGCCUUUCCGAAAAUGUGCAGAGUUCAAACUUGGCUUAAAAAGAGCACAAAAUUGUUAAGACAUAAUUAGAAACGUCUGGGUUGUAUCACAAUGCACUUGUGGGAAAAUGGAAGUUUUAUUGUAGACACAUCUCAGUUGCAGGAAAUUUAAACACUUCUUUUGUAAAAGAUUUAGAGGUCACUUAAAACAUUUUUAUCAAACCAGUCACUUGCAUCAGUUUUUUAAUCACUUAAUGCAAGAAAAUAACUGUUUCCAAAUACUGCAAAUCCUAGAGUGCCUAAAAUUGUAAAAUACUCUACAGUAUUGCUUUUUUAAUAAUAAGUAGGUUCAUCAACACAACUUGACUGUAUUUUUAUCGUUUUUACUACCUGUCAUAUUUGAGAUUUUCACGUGAUGAUAAUGAUAAUCUGGGUUUUGACACCAUGUGGAGUUGUUGAUAGAUGCCAGCAUUUUGGAGAACUAUAUGAAGCCGUGAAGAUGGAGACUGUAUUACAUUUGUAUCCACCAUUGAGUUUACAUGGUGCCAAAAUGUAGAACAUGAUAUAAGCUACAUGUUACAGCCCCUCAUGCCUUGUUCAGUUGUUUAUUUAAAAUAUACGUAAAACAUUAGACCUGCAUAUUCAUAGCAGUUUAAUUUUCUAAGUAUGGAUCCAGAAACUUGGGUUUCCAUAAAGUGGUUAAAAUUAUUAAUCUGAUAUGUUUUACACACAUCUUCAUUGCCUAAUUAAAAUAGUAAAUAAUUUUUAAAAUGAAAUAAUACAGGUUUAUUUCAGACCUGUAUUCUUACUGCUGGAUGUUAUUGCAGUAUUUUGUUGUUACAUUUUUCUAUUAUUUCAGUUCUUGCUUCUUAUUUCUUAUGGUGCUGAUUUCUUCUUGGUGAAUUAUUACUACUUACAGUAUGCUAGCUUUAUGUUGAUGUAUUCCUCAUGCCCUAUUAUGCUGAAAUAAGUACAUGUAUGAGUUAAUAUAUAAAAUUAUGUUGUAUUUUAAUGUGCAUGGUAUCUACUUGUGUUGAUGUGGUGUGUUUAGUUUGGUACUCUACAUUUGCACGUGUUUUUAUGUCCUGGAAUAAAAAUAUGUAUUAAUAGUACUUGAA